AUGACUGUCACAACAAGCUUGAAUGGCGUUCAUAAGACUCUACCAUCGGCAUUGCCAGUGGUGCAGAAACUCUCCAGGGAUCAUGAUGAAGUCCUAAAGACCUUUCGUCUGUUAAUCGCCGAUCUAUGUCAGCAGUUUGGCGGUGGUCACCCUGGUGGUGCCAUCGGUAUGGCCGCCAUUGGUGUUUCGUUGUGGAAGUAUACAAUGCGCUACGCCCCGCAUACUCCGGAUUUCUUCAAUCGGGAUCGUUUUGUUCUUUCAAAUGGCCAUACUUGCCUGUUCCAAUACUCAUUCUUGCACCUUACCGGAUACAAAGCCAUGACUUUCGACCAACUCAAGUCUUACCACUCAGAUCGAGUGGACGCACUCUGCCCCGGACAUCCUGAGAUUGAACAUGAGGGAAUUGAAGUCACCACUGGGCCCUUGGGUCAGGGUAUUGCAAAUGCCGUUGGCCUUGCCAUGGCGACUAAGAACCUCGCAACCACUUACAAUCGCCCCGGGUACGAUGUCGUUUCCAACCACACUUGGUGUAUGAUCGGCGACGCUUGUCUGCAGGAGGGAGUGGCCCUAGAGGCCAUUUCAUUAGCGGGACACUUCCGCUUAAACAAUCUUACGGUGAUUUAUGAUAACAACCAGAUUACCUGCGAUGGAUCGGUUGAUCUUACCAACACAGAGGAUAUCAACAAGAAAAUGAUUGCUAGUGGUUGGGAUGUGAUUGACGUUGAGGAUGGCUGUUAUGAUAUUGAAGGCAUUGUCAGUGCCAUGGAGAAAGCUCGAGAGUCGCAGGAUAAGCCCACUUUGAUUAACGUCAAGACGAUUAUCGGGUUGGAUAGCCAUGUGGCUGGCACCGCUACUGCUCACGGAGCCGCCUUUGGCCCGCAAAGCGUUGCUAACUUGAAGACCCUGUAUGGCUUCAACCCGGAUGAGCACUUUAUCAUUGGUGAUGUAGUCCGCCAAUUUUUCCAGGACGUUCCUGCUCGUGGUGAGCAGUGGGUACAGGAGUGGAAGCAGUUGGUUAAUGACUACACAGCUGCACACCCAGAUCUUGGUGAAGAAUUUCAAGCGCGCGUCCGCGGUGAACUACCUGCAAACUGGGAGCAUCAUAUCCCCUCUAGCUUCCCCGAGAGAGCAACUGCCUCCCGUGCCUCGUCUGGUCUUGUCUUCAAUCCAAUUGCUAAGGAGGUCAAGACGUUCAUGGUCGGAACAGCUGAUCUGUCGCCGUCUGUGAAUAUGAUUUGGCCCGGUAAGGUUGACUUCCAACAUCCUGAUCUACGUACUACAUGUGGUAUCAACGGAGACUACUCUGGUCGUUACAUUCACUAUGGUAUCCGUGAGCACGCGAUGUGUGCCAUUUCCAACGGCCUCGCAGCAUAUUCUCCUAAUACCAUCAUCCCUGUCACUUCAACCUUUUUCAUGUUCUAUCUAUAUGCUGCUCCAGCAGUGCGCAUGGGUGCUCUACAGCACCUCCAGGGAAUCCAUGUCGCCACUCAUGAUUCUAUUGGAAUGGGUGAAGACGGACCCACCCACCAGCCCAUUGAACUUGCUGCCUUGUACCGCGCCAUGCCCAAUAUUCUCUACAUCCGUCCUGGUGAUAGUGAAGAGGUUGCCGGGGCCUGGAUCGCUGCAAUUGGCGCAAAGAAAACCCCUACCAUCAUAUCCACAUCCCGUCAGGCUCUGCCUCAACUGAAGCAAACACGCCGCGAAGGCGUGGCUCACGGAGCCUAUGUACUCGAGGAAGACGAGUCGGCCAGUGUGACUCUUCUUGGGGUUGGUGCUGAAUUGUCUUUUGCCUUGGAGGUCUCCGCUCAGCUAAAGGCUCAGAAGGGUAUCAUUGCGCGGGUGGUCAGCUUCCCUUGCCAGCGACUAUUCGAACAACAGUCAGUGGAGUAUAAGCGUGACACUCUCCGCCGUCACCGUGAUAUUCCUGCCAUCGUCAUCGAGCCUUAUACUCCAAACGGCUGGGAACGUUACGCAGAUGCGGGCAUCAAUGUGAACCGUUUCGGGCACAGUCUGCCUGGCAAGGCUGCGUAUAAGUUCUUUGGGUACGAGAUUAAUACAUUAACAACCAAAGUGGCUGGCUACCUUGAUCAGCUGAAGGCAGACGAGCAUCUUCGGCAUGAAUUUGUCGAGCUGUGA